AUGCAAGAAACUCCGGCUGCUCUCAUUGACCAGUUGGUCUAUUUCGACAAUUUCUUGCUCAAUGAAGACACGCCUAACCUUGACUUGGAUGCACAAGUCUCGCUAGACUUGGCUGCGUUUGCCGACGACUCGUUCGUGUUUGCUGAAGAAGAAAAGCCUGAUCCUGGCGAUCUAAGCGACAUUGACCGUGAGGAUGGCAACAUUGACUCGCAUGAAGACCAGCGUGGUCAGCGGCACUUGGAGCAUGCGGAGGCACCGCUGGCCGGUUUUGAACCCCCCAAUGAGCAGGCUGGCGCCAGCAUUCAAGGACGCCCCGGCAGCGGAAACCUUCCUUUUGAAAACCAGGACCCUCUUUCCUCGUCGACUUCGCUCGGUGGGCCGUGGGUCCAGCAACAGAAGUCGAGAGAACUGAGCCCGCCAGGGAACGGGGAGGGCAAGCAAUUGCACUCGCUCCUUGACAGCAAAAUCCAGACGAAAAAGCGCAAUAAAUUGCAACAGCACGCGGGCCACUUGGCCGCGCCAUCAAGCAAUCAUCUUCCGGGGCCGGGGCCAGAUUUCCACCAAGCAAGUGAGAGCAGUCCUCUGCGUGGCGGCCCUCUUGGUCCACAUAACAGCCAUGGGGACCAAGGAGCCUGCAACGCGCAUCUUCUUCCCGCUCAGCACCCAGGCCUUGGUCCGCGCCUGGAUGCCGGAGGUGGUGCUGGAGGGGUUCCGGACCUCACAAACCUACCCAAAUAUCCGGUGCCACCCGGGGCCCAGAGCUCGCUCAAAAACGCAGGUCUUUCGCAGAACCAGAUUGACUUGCUUUCUGCGCUCAUAGCGCAGCACCAGACAUCGUUGAAGACAGAGCCUGGACUUCCGCGGCCCCGGGAAUCCUCGUCGCGGGCGCAGGAAGAGAAUGCGCUAUCGAUGUUGUCCGCGUUUAUUCCAGGAGCACUGAGUCCGGGUCACUCGGCAGUGUUGUCGGAUUUACACGGCAGAGGCGACCCUGGUCUGCUAGAUUCCGGCGUGGCUCCAUCCCUUCAAGGAAGCCCUGCCUCAAUGUACAGCUCCGAGCGGAGUUUCAGCCAUGUGCUGGCCACAGGAAACGCCGCCCCAAAAGACCCUUCCCAAGGAAACCAGUCCGAGGGCAGCGCAGAGCCGCAGGUUGAUAAAAGAAAGCGCAACACGGCAGCCAGCGCCCGGUUCCGGGUGAAGAAGAAAAUGAAAGAAAAGGAGAUGGAGACCAAGAUCCAGCAGUUGGGGGACAUGAUCCAGAAGUUCGAGAUGCGCAUCGGUGACUUGGAGAUUGAGAACCGCGUGCUCAAGAACCUCAUCAUCGAGAAGGGAAACCGCCAGUCGGAUGAGGAAUUGCGCUUGUUGAAGGACAAGGCGAGGUAUGUGGAUCGCACGCAACUGCACGAAGCCAAGGAGCCUGAAUGA